AAUGUACAGCGUGCUGAGCAACUUUGGAACUUGUUUAUAAGCAGUCGAGCGCGUGCUAGAAAAAUUCCAUUAGUUAUAACGGCUCGAUUAUUCGAUCGCCCAAUUAAUCGUCUGCCAAAAAAUCAAUUUAUCAACAUGGUUCAAACUAAAACGGGUAUGAUCGCUUGUCAUCAAAUUUAUGCAACCGUAUCGCAAAGAUAA